AUGAGUGUAGCCAUUGUAUGUAUGACUGAGAGCCACAACAAAGGAAGCAAAAACACAAGCAAGAUUGAAUCAGCAAAUAUCUUUCAAGAAAACGCAACAGAAAGCAAAGUUAAUAAGAUAGGCGAAACGUUUGAUUGGAACGAAAGAACUCAGGGACUGAUACUUGGGUCUUUUUAUAUCGGUUAUAUUCUAACACAAGUGCCAGGAGGCAUGUUGGCGGGAAAAUAUGGCGGGAAACAAGUACUCGGAUGGAGUAUGCUCUUUUGCGCUGUUGCUACUAUUAUCACACCUUUCGUGGCACGAGCAAAUGUCAUUUUGCUCAUAGCUGUGCGUAGCUUUGCAGGACUAUGUCAGUUGAUGCGCAAACAAUAUGACAGAAAAUACUUUAUUACAGGAUUUCAUUUUGGUAUAAUGGUUACGUUUCCAUACAGUGGGGUGUUAUGUGUUAAUGGCUUUGAUGGUGGAUGGCCGAGUAUAUUCUAUGUGUCAGGUUGCGUUGGAGUCAUUUGGUUUGUUGGAUGGAUGUUUUUGGUAUUUGAUUCACCUGUUUGUCAUCCAAGAAUUUCUGAACAGGAGAAAAUGUACAUCUUACAAACACUUAAAUCAGAAGUGGAUAUAAGUAAAACGUCUACAGCUAUACCGUGGUCAAGGAUGUUAUCUUGCUCUUCUGUUUGGGCAAUAAUUGUUUCGCAAGCAUGUUCGGAAUGGGGACUUUAUGCUUUCAUGACCAACAUACCAAGUUACAUGGAAGAUGUCUUAGAGUUUGAAAUCAAAAACACUGGAUUCCUUUCCUCGCUACCAUACCUUGGAUUCUUGGUUGUUUGUAACAUAACAGGACUCCUUGCUGAUGAGUGUAUUCGAAAACGAGGUUGCAUGACUAAAACAGUUAUACGAAAAGUGCUGUCUGGAUUUGGGAGUAUUCUUCCUGCAAUAUGCAUUGUCAUCAUGGCAAACAUUGCCGAAAACCCAAGUCUCGCAGUAUCACUACUAACCAUUGGAGUAGCUACGUCUGGUAUUCAGUUCGGAAGUGGGUUUCUGGUAAAUUCUGUAGAGAUUGCCCCCAUGUACGCAGGCAUUAUCUUGGCGUUUUCUAAUUGCGCUGGCUCUUUAUGUGGCUUCCUUGCUCCAUUAGUAAUUGGAUUCAUAGUCGAAGACGGAACAAAAGAACAAUGGAAGACCGUGUUUUAUAUAACGGCUGGGGUUUACAUAUUCGGGUCGACGUUUUUUGCUGUUUUUGCAUCUGGUGAGGUACAGCCAUGGGCAUUGGAAGAUAACCGUUAUAAUGAAGUUGAAGUCACUAAUGACGGAUCAAACCAAGAAAGAAAGAUAACAGAAAAUAAUUGUAGCUAUCAAAUUGCGGCCGUUAAAAACCUAACGAAAGAUGAACUAAAAGAAGUGUAA